UAGAACAUGGAGAGCAAAAUGGAGUUAGACAAGAGAAUGAGUGAAAAUGGUGAAGAGGAGAUGAGAGAAACUACAACAAAAAAGAGGCAACUUGGUGGAAUCAAAACCAUGCCAUUUAUCCUUGCAAAUGAAGCAUGUGACAAAUUUGCGGCCACUGGUUUUCAUGCAAACAUGAUCACGUACCUGACCAAAGAGCUAAACUUGCCUUUAGUCAAAGCCUCCAAUACUCUCACAAACUUUGGUGGAACCUCCAGCUUCACACCCCUUAUUGGUGCUCUAAUUGCCGACUCCUUUGCUGGCCGAUUUUGGACUAUCAUUGUGGCUUCCAUCAUUUAUGAACUGGGUAUGGUGUGUAUUACUACUUCAGCAGUGCUGCCACAACUACAUCCUCCUCCAUGUCCGACUCAACAAAACUGCAAAGAGGCCUCAAACACUCAGCUUUGGGUCCUAUAUAUUGCUCUCCUCUUGACAUCUUUAGGAACUGGUGGCAUUAGGCCCUGUGUUGUUACCUUUGCUGCUGAUCAAUUUGACAUGAGCAAAUUCGCAGCUGCAUCUAGAAGCUGGAAUUUCUUCAAUUGGUACUAUUUCUGCAUGGGAAUGGCCACACUAUUGGCUCUUACAGUGGUAGUUUAUAUCCAAGAUAAUGUUGGUUGGGGCUGGGGUCUUGGAAUCCCUACAAUUGCCAUGGCUUUAUCUAUUGUAGCUUUUGUUGUUGGCGCCCCUCUUUAUAAAAAGGUGCAACCAGGUGGGAGUCCAUUGAUUAGAUUGGCACAGGUAAUUGUUGCAGCUUUGAAGAAGAGGAAUAUCGUGGCACCAAAUGACCCUAGUCAACUGUAUGAGAACAAGGAGUUAGAUGCUACUAUCUCCUCCAAUGGAAAACUUGUUCACACUAAUCAGUUCAGGUGGGCUGAUCGAGCAGCUGUAUUGACUGAUGAUGACAUUGAUGAAUCGAACCACCCAAAACUAUGGAGAAUAUCAACAGUACAUAGAAUUGAAGAGCUGAAAUCAGUAAUUCGAGUUUUGCCUAUUUGGGGAGCCGGGAUAUUACUAGUUACUUCCCACUCACAUCUCGGCAGCUUCACCAUCCAACAAGCUCGUAGCAUGAACCGUCAUCUAUCCCACUCCUUUGAGAUUCCUCCAGCAAGCCUGUCCAUCUUCAGUAUCAUUACUGUGCUAGUUGGUCUUGGUUUAUAUGAGCGCCUUUUUGUCCCAUUUGCUCGUCGAUUUACAGAGAAUCCUGCGGGGAUCACAUGCCUACAACGUAUGGGAAUUGGAUUCACGAUCAACAUCCUUGCUACUAUUGUUUCAGCUCUGGUUGAAAUGAAGCGAAAGGCUGUGGCAGCAGAUCAUAAUCUCUUAGACAAGCCAACUGCUACUAUACCAAUAAGUGUCUUUUGGUUGCUUCCACAGUUUUGCCUCCAUGGAAUUGCAGAGGUUUUCCAUUCUGUUGGGCACUUGGAAUUUCUUUAUGAUCAGUCCCCUGAGAGCAUGAGAAGCACAAUGGUUGCACUAUACUCCCUGGCAGCAUCAUUUGGAAAUUAUAUUGGAACAUUUGUGGUUUCAACAGUUCACAAGUAUACUGGUAUAGAGAGAAAUUGGCUACCUGAUAGGAAUCUCAACAGGGGAAGGUUGGAGAAUUAUUAUUGGCUGGUUACAGGAAUACAAGUAGUUAAUCUCAUAUACUAUCUCAUAUGUGCUUGGUGCUAUACCUAUAAACCAUUGGAAGAAUUGAUUGAAAGCAGUGAAGAUAUUGAUAUGGAGCUAGCAAACGAUAAGACAUCAACACAGGAUUCUAAAGUGAUUACUAGAGAAACAGAAUUAGCAAUACAGCAAACAUCUUAGGACGGGUUGUAUCAAUAACUAGUUAGAUGUAUUUGGUGGAAGCAUCAAUUACUUGUAUGGCUCUGCAUUGUACAUUUUAGUUCAAUCAGUGUAGUUCUUAUAAAAUGAUUCCAUCAAUUUGCCAUAACUAAGAUUACUGAAAUAGAAUCUCUGAAAAAACUGUUUCAGCUAGGCUGUUC